UCUCGCUCUGCAAGUAGGCAGAGCGAACACACACAGUGGGCUCGUGCGCUCUGCCUUGAAUCUCAUCUUUCUAGUCCGCCCGACACAGCGACGUCUCCGCUCGCCCUCUGCCCGGAAUUUAACUCGCAUUCCCACUUUGUGACACCACCGUGGGCUGCCGACGGGAGCCGACACAUAGGUACUUUGAGUGUUAAAACUGUCCAGGGACUCAACCCUCCGCUGCAGCUAAUAUUGAUUGGAUUCAAGCUUCCAGGACUUCUCGAUGUGGAGGUCAAGGUUGUCAGGAUGCAACAGGUUGGAGUCAGUCCACUGAGGACGAGGAUGGGUCAAAGAAGGAAAACACGCCGGUGAGGCAGACGAGCCAUACACCUUAAACCAAAACCCAAAGCAGCUAUACCAACUGACACAGCGAUGCCCCACCUGCCCUCCUGAUUCUCCUCCCCCAAUCCCUAAGCCUUCCCUCAGUCAAAUCCUAGUCACAACAGCCCUCAACAUCCCCCUGUCAAGUCAGCAUGGCUACGCCCUUCCUGUGGAAGCUGUCAUCCCAGAAGCUGGGCUUCUUCCUGGUCAGCUUUGGCUUCAUCUGGGGCAUGAUGCUGCUGCAUUUCACCAUCCAGCAGCGAGCCAGCCAUGAGAACAGCGCUGUACUGAGGCAGCAGAUCCUGGACCUCAGCAAGCGCUACAUCAAGGCCCUGGCUGAGGAAAACCAAAGUGUCAUGGAUGGGCCCUAUGUGGGUACCAUGACAGCUUAUGAUUUGAAGAAGACCCUUGCGGUGCUGUUGGAUAACAUCAUGCUGAGGCUGGGCAAGCUUGAGUCCAAGGUGGAAAACAUCUACAACGGCACAGGGGGCAACCUGACAAACGGCACCAGCACUGCCACACCCAGUGCCACCAACUCUGAAAAAGUUAACGUGGCAGACCUCCUAAAUGGAGCCCAGGAGAAGUGCGAGCUGCCGGCUCUGGAAGGUUUCCCUCACUGCGAGGGCAAGCUCAAGUGGAUGAAAGAGAUGUGGCGCUCUGAUUCGUGCUACGGCAACUAUGGCGUGGAUGGAUCCACCUGCUCCUUCUUCAUUUACCUCAGUGAGGUGGAGAACUGGUGUCCCCGCCUGCCAUGGAGGACAAAGACCCUGAAUGAAGAAAUAGACAGGAGGGGACAGGCAGAGUUCCGAACCAGCUUUGAGGAGCUUUACCGCGUGAUGUCACAACGCGAGGAGUUCCGCUGGAUGAUGCUGAGGAUCAAACGCAUGGCUGAGCCAUGGGUCAGCGCCAUCCGCUCGCUGGCUGGCAAGCAGAACCUGGCCAGGCGUCGAAGAAAGAAGAUCCUGGUGCACUUGGGUCUGCUUACUAAGGAGUCGGGCUUCAAAAUAGCAGAAAACGCCUUCAGUGGUGGCCCAUUGGGCGAAUUGGUCCAAUGGAGUGACCUCAUAACCACUCUGUACCUGCUGGGCCAUGAUGUUCGCAUUUCAGCCUCCCUGGCUGAGCUCAAAGAGAUCAUGCGGAAGGUCAUGGGGAACAAGUCGAGCUGUCCGACCCAGGGUGACAAAGUGGUUGAGCUUAUCUAUAUUGACAUUGUUGGCCUCACCCAGUUUAAGAAGACACUGGGACCAUCCUGGGUCCACUACCAGUGCAUGUUGCGGGUGCUGGACUCUUUCGGGACUGAGCCAGAGUUCAACCAUGCCCACUACGCCCAGUCCAAGGGGCACAAGACGCCCUGGGGGAAGUGGAACCUCAACCCGCAGCAGUUCAACACCAUGUUCCCUCACACCCCAGACAACAGCUUCCUGGGCUUCGUGGUGGAGCAGCACCUCAACGCCAGCGACAUCAAGCACAUUGAUGACAUCAAGAGACAGAACCAAUCACUGGUUUAUGGCAAGGUCGACAACUUUUGGAAGGACAAAAAGAAAUACCUGGACACCAUCCACAGCUACAUGGAGGUGCACGGCACGGUGCAUGGCACCAGCACCGUGCACCUCCCCAGCUACGUCAAGAACCACGGCAUCCUGAGCGGCCGAGACCUGCAGUUCCUCCUCAGAGAAACCAAGCUGUUUGUGGGUCUAUCCUUCCCCUACGAGGGUCCCGCCCCCCUGGAGGCCAUCGCCAAUGGCUGCGCCUUCCUCAACCCCAAAUUCAACCCGCCAAAGAGCAGCAAGAACACAGACUUCUUCAAGGGCAAACCCACGCUGAGAGAGCUGACCUCUCAGCACCCCUACGCUGAGGUGUACAUCGGUCAACCCCACGUGUGGACGGUGGAUAUAGAGAACUCUGCAGAGGUGGAGAGGGCCAUCCGGUCUAUCCUCAGCCAGAAGAUUGAGCCCUACCUGCCAUACGAGUUCACCUGUGAGGGGAUGCUGCAGAGAGUCAACGCCUUCAUUGAGAACCAGGACUUCUGCCACGGUCAGGUGAUGUGGCCCCCGCUCAACGCUCUGCAGGUCAAACUGGCUGAGCCAGGACGCUCCUGUAAGCAGGUGUGUCAGGAGGAGCAGCUCAUCUGUGAGCCGUCCUUCUUCCAACACCUCAACAAGGACAAGGACCUGGCCAGGUUCGGAGUGGACUGUCAGACGGUGGAGUCGAGCGCUGACACCGUGGUCCCAGCCUACAGCUCGACUCGCCACCACUGUAUCUUCCAGUCAGACCUGCUGCUGUUCAGCUGCGCGGGCGCCCACCCGUCGCUGCAGCGCAUCUGCCCCUGUCGCGACUACAUGAAGGGCCAGGUGGCGCUGUGCAAGGACUGCCUAUAGCAGCAGCACACGGGCUGACAGGAGGAGGGGGAGCUGAUGGAGGAUUGGCUGAGGGGGGAUGAAAUGACGUUGGAGCAGCUUAUUGAGACUUUUUUGGGGGGGAGGAAGCUGUCUGGACAGAAACAUUCACAGGACCGCUUCUGUUCAUCAUAUUUAUUGUUUUCAGCUCCUGGAUGUGAAAGCAGCCGACCUGAACAUCCGUCACCCCUCUGAAUCACCAGCGGUGGCGCUGCGAGUCCGAGAAGAGAUGUAAAAUUACUUGAAUCAACAAAGGGAGUGGGUGUUAAACUUUAAACUCGCAGCUGAUGAGCUCUCCUGGCAGACUGCACACAUCAGUGACUCACCCCUCUGACUGACAGCUGCCUGGCCCCGCCCCCUACAUCCACCUGAAACUGUUUAUUCUUUAGGUAGCUUUGCACUGGACUGGCAUGCCUGAAGGCCCCCACACACACACAUACACAUACAUACAUACACACACACACAAACACAGGCUAACAGACGAGCUAAAGAAGAACCCAGUUUUACACUGUAACAACUCGUUCCUCACUUGUGGACUAAAGUGACGGAGCGGACAUGUAACGUAGAUAUUUGUAUCAUCUCCUGACACGACUUCAAGCGGUCCUCAUCCCCCUUUACAGACAGGAAGUGCAGAUGAUCAAGUGUGUGUGUUUCUACAAAUGGCCAGUAGAGGAACUGUUUCAGCGCACCAUCCGGUACUACGCACACACGCCGAGAGGUAGCUAGAGCUGUCGUGUACGGAGUCACCAUGUCGUAGGAUGUCGUGACGUUGUGUUGUAGAUAAUAGGCCGUCAUCAGUAGCCGUGGUAACACCUAGAUGCAUCGCAGCUGAGGCCAAGAAGCCCGAGGAGACACGUGAAACCUUCCCGAGAUGUUUGUCUUUUACAUACGCAAAGUUAGAAACUACA